AUGGCUAAUGAGCCAUCAGACCACGAUGCCGCUCUAUUGGCACGGUUGAAUAACCUCAGGCACUCGAGCGUCUCCUUUGGCUCAUCCAACAGUCUUUCGGCCCCAGCAGGUGUCAGUGAGCUCGACGACACUCCUGAAGAUCUCAUUACCCGCUUCGAAAGGCUACAUGGCCAGAAAUCUGUCGAUAGUCAUGAAAAGGCUCCAUUGUUAAGUGCUACCACAGAAGAAGAAAGCAGACAACCUUCUCCCACGAUCGAGGAACUUCUAGGCCAGCUGGCUCCAGAAGAGCAGUUCACUUUAAGUUCUACAGAUCUUAAAGAAGCAUACGAGCUUCUGGCUCCGGCAAAAUGCGCGCUUCCUGACGAAGAUGCCCCAAACAAAAACCCAGAGGGUAGAAGGUCUGCUGCAAGCCUGAGCAGAAGGCCGAGGGGAUCUACAGAGGCUAUCAAGCCUGAGCAUGAUGAAGAAGCUGAAGCAGAGGCCUCUCUUCAGCGCAUCUUGGACGAGGUAGAGCUCGAACGGCAGCAAGAGGUUGUAUCGACCGUCCCUUCAUCCCAACCCGACAGGGUGCCCGCGUCCCCAGCUCCAGCGCCGCCAGACUCCUUUGCAUCCCUAGUGUUUCCUACUAUUCCUGAUUUGCCACUGCCAUCCAUGAGCCUUCCCUCUGCGCCCACCGCAGCACCCUCCACGCGCAAGCCCAUAUCCAAAUCACCUGGAUUCUCCGAUCAAGACAUCGACUCUUGGUGCAUCAUCUGCUGUGCCAACGCGUCUGUCAAAUGCUUCGGAUGUGAUGGUGAUCUAUACUGCUGGGGCUGCUGGAGGGAGGGACACGUUGGGGAAGGCGUGGGCUUGGAAGAAAAGAGCCAUGUUUGGGAGCGAGCGGUGAAACGGAAAGGAUAG